GGGACGUCGCUAUGGCGCGUGAAUCGUCGAUCUCGCGGCGGCAGGAUCCAUGCUCCGAGUUGAUGAUCUGCGGGCACUCCAUCUCAUCGCGGAGAAGGGAAGCACAUAGGCUCUGGGCAAGACCCCUCUAUCCGAGUGCUAUCUUGCUGCUUGCUGCGCGCAUGACCGCAGAAUUCGAGCAUCCAAAAGCCUAUCUUAACCGAGUUCCGACAAGCCUCAGGUUGUGCGCGUGAAGCAUCGAUAGCCCUCUCGGAUCGCCGCCGAUGAGCCGAGUGGCAGGCGGUCUACCUACACUAAAUGAACGAUGCGUGGUUCAAAACAUCAUCAUCAUCAGGGGUGACGACAGCUGCACAGACAGCCAGUAUUUCAUGCCUGUCGAUGGGAUGACCCACUGACCGGCUCGGUUCCAUCUACGCAAUCAAUCGCACGCCCAGCGAAAUAUCGGGUCGGUGGGCGGGUGACGGCCGCUCUACGCAAUCAGAUGACAAGUUUAGACAUCCACCUGCUUUGCCGAUGUUCGGUAAUUCCCGGCCCUGGCCGUCCGUCUAUGUAUGUAGCGCCAGGCGCGUUGUUACGCGGCACCGCCCACAACCAUUCAGCCAUUCAGGCAUCUCCCCGUCCCGUCGGUGGGAAGAGCGGCCGAUGCAGAGUGGAGUGGGGAGAUCAGCGCGUGAAGGAGAUUCUAAUAUUUUUUGGGGUUUCAACGGGCUCGGACGAGAUGCCAGAUGCGGAACCCGCAACCCUUCGCCGACAAUCCCGCCUUGGGAUUUUUUGUCAUUAAUUGUGGCAUCUCACGCAGGGGUGUAUGUUCAGGUCAGACCCUCCACCUGUUCGAGUGUAUCGACUGUUAUCACUGGAGUCGGGGGAGAUGAUGAUGUAGUCGUCUAUACGUUGCCUGCGGUGGGGCCCUGCCGGGUAACCCAUCGGCUGCGCGUCGCCGCCCAUUGUCAGUUG